AUGCAGCAGCCUGAACUAAUUGAGCUUUUCGCCGGGUCGGAUGUAUUAGGGGUUAACGCGAUACCAAUACUGCAAACUAAAGUUACUACGAAAUCCAGAGAAUCCUCGUGUGGACAGAAAGCAAGUGUCGCUGGUGACUUGGAGGAAACCCUUUCACCUUUCAGUUUUACUCCUCAGCGAGUUCUGUACACUAAGUACCAUGAAUUCUUUGAAGAUGGUGAUAUACACAGGCAUCUGUAUCUUCAAGAUCUUGCCAUGAGUGCAGAGGAUGACCCUCGAACACCAAAAGUGUCUGCCUUCAGGUGCCACAUCACUGGCUGUAACCAGCUGUUUGACACAUUAGAGGGAUAUGAACAUCAUUAUAACUCACUGCACAGGAACGUAUGUUCUACCUGCAAGCGUUCCUUCCCCUCAAACCACCUGCUGGACAUCCACAUCCUGGAGUGGCAUGACUCCCUUUUCCAGGUCAUGGCAGAAAAACAGUGCAUGUAUCAGUGCUUGGUCGAAGGGUGCGGCUCAAAGUUCAAAACCAGAGAGGAGAGGAAAGAGCAUCUUAUCAGUACACACACUUACCCAGCGGACUUCAGGUUCGACAAGUCAAAGAGGACCAAGAGAACUAAAGAGAGAAGACUUGAGCCGCAGAGGGAGAUCAGUAUGGAGAUCUCGGCCGCUGCGGGCAGCCAGCGAGGAGAGCCUGACCCCUGUGAGUCCAUGGACUUCACUGAGAAUCAGGAACCAGGAAAUACUGAGCCCACGGCUUCAGAGCAGAUAAAACCGCGCUAUUCAUACAGAGUUCCGUCGUCAGUGUGCUUUGGCCAGGGCUCUGUGAGAGGGUUCAGAGGAGCGCGGCGGAAAAAAUAG